GUUACUUUUUUGAGUCUUUGUUUUAUUUUACAAAAUUAUCAAAAAUUUAAUUAAAAUAAGUGAAACUUGAUAGUAUAGUUGCAGCUAAUAGUUUACAAUCUGGAUGUCUAUCAAGAAGAUAUGAUUGCUGCACUAGAUCCUUUAGAAUUCGUUCCAAAUGGUCGUAAAAUUGUUAAAAAUCAUUGUGGACCAUUGAACAAGAAAGCCGAAUUGAUUUCUAAUGAGUUUAUUCUACUCGAUCGUUUAAGAAAUGUUAAUCUUAGUGCAGAAGAGCAUCAUCACAAUGAGUUAUGGAAGAUACGAGAGUUUUAUGGGAAUGACAUAAAAAAUGAUGUUCAAUUUCUCGCAGUUCCAAUUGCAAACUCUGAGGAAGAGCUGUAUUUUUCUGGACAUACUGUUGUAUGGUCCAGAGGACGAGACAGUACAUCAUCAGAAAUAUGCUAUACAACCAAGAGUCCAGUUCAAUUUGCAUUCUUUUGCAGUGAAAACUUUCUAGAUCCAGAUUAUAAGAUCCAGAAAACACCAUCACUAAAAAAAUCCAAUAAAGGUCAGGAACAUCAAGGAAUUGGCAUAAUUGAUUCGGAAAGUCUUAAAGUAUACGCAAAGAAUGGAGAAAAUAUCAUAACUGCAAUAGAAUCGCCUAUAAGGAAAAUUUGGAUCACAAAGUAUUGCAUUUUGAUUGAAAAGGAUGCAUCUACAGACAUGGUUGAAGGGCAUGUCCUACCAAUGCCUCGAAUAUUCUCACUUACUCAUGCUUUGGACGAAAUGUUUCCAGUAUUACUUAAAGUUCAGCUAUUGAUCAACUACAUUACAGAAGAUGAAUACAAGAUAAUUUUCACAUGCGAUGAGAGUGACUUAGUUUUAAUGUUUAACAACCGUAUUGGAAAGCACAUAAUUUGUAAGCUACGUAAAGCAACAAAAGAUGAAGCAACAAGUGUUAAUGGACUGUAUGAUACGUCUAUGAGCCAUUCAAUGUCUACAAUUGGUGGUUUUUCAAAUGUUCAUAAUUCAAUUAAGACACCAAAGAAUAUCUCUGGACGACAAACUCCAACAACAUCCAGCAAUCCACACAUUUUGAGCUUUCAUAAUUCCAUGUCGGCGAAUUAUCGAUCAAGUUUAAAGUCAUUUACUGAUUCAACAAUUAAUCGGAAUUCAAUAUCAAUGAUGGCACGAAAAAUUGGUGAGUGUGAACCUUCAAAGCCCCUCGUUCCUGACUUGAUUUUCGAACAAAUCUGGUCUGAAAGUUCAUCAAAUUGGAAUGAAUACAAUGAAAUGUCAUCUAAAGGUUUUCUUCAUACUGAUUUUAUUGGUCAAAAAUACUUUUGUUUCUUACUUCCAAAAUCGUUUAAAUUAAAUCUCCUUCAAGUUGAACGUAUGAACAAUAUUAAUAGCCCAGUUUUUGGAUCUACUGUAUGUAUUUCUGCAAAAGAUGCUGUAAAUUUGCCAAAAAUGAAUAUGAUUGUACUUUUAUUAUCUUGUGGAACUUUAAUGAUUUAUUCGGGACCUGUUGCUGUUGGCAAGAUUCAUGUUGGUGGAAUAUUAAGUAACUUGACUGUAUCAUCUGUAUUAAAUACACCAGCAUUUCCUAAACGAUCAAGCAUUUUACCAAACAUAUCAUCGCCGAUGGUUGAUAUGAAAUUAAAUGAAGAAUUUCACAUGUUAUCGCCAGUACAUCCAUUACAAAAUAAUCCACAUAGACUUAACAAUUGUGUCUCAUUACGUGAUCCAGUUUGGAAUAGAAUAACGUUGGCAUUUUCUAGUGGCAAAAUGUAUCGAAUUGAACUACCUCAAAUGUGUGAAAAUCCAUUAAUAAGGAAAAUGCUUAUUGCACUAAGACAAAUCCUUCAAAAAGAAGCAUUAAAAGUUCUAGUUCGAUGGUAUUCGGUUAAAAAUUCACCAGGAACUAAGGACAUAAGUUUAAAGAAGGAAUUUGAAAUGUUUAAGAGCUUAUUAUUGGAAAUGAUGGGUCGUCCACAUGAAGUUUCACAUUCAUCAAGUUCCAGUGCAAUUGUGGAUCCAAAAAAGCGACGAAAGAGUGAAAAUGGAGCUGAUUCUGAUUGGGAAUUUUUAUUGGAUAUAAAUAACUCUCAUCCUACAAAAACAGCAGAAAAUGACGACGAAGAUCACGAGAUGCUGCAAAACUAUCAUGCUGAUUCACAGCUAUUUUCAUUUAUACCAAUCAUUUUCUAUUCUUUGCAUUUAUUGUAUGAAGAUCUUAAGCUUGAUCUGUCAAUGAGCAACGAGUUAAUCUUACUUUCUGAGCUUCUUUGUCAAUUGUCUGUUGACUUUAAACUAGAGAAUUAUCGAUUCCAUUACAUCAAGGAUAAUCCAAGCUUAAUUUUUAUUAAAACAAAACGUGAAAUUUCUGCUAAUGAUAGCGAAAAAUUGUUGAAAAAGGAACUGAUUAGUGAACCCAUAAGCAUUUUUGAGGAAAUAACAAAAAUUGCGAUUAAGAAUGUAAAGGAAUUAAGACAAUAUCCGUACAUUCCGAAUGUUAAUUCUUUAUCAAAAGAUAUUUUUGAAAUAUUGGCAAUAAUUUUUGGAAAAGUUGAAACUGCAAGUCAUGCAACUAAGCUGGUCACGUUACUAAAUGAAAACGCCAAUUCUAAUAUUCAGUUUCCAACACUUCCACAAACAUCAGUUCAAAAAACAGUUAUUGACAUUAUGCUGAAGAAAAAAAUUACACGAGCACAUUUGGAACGGAUGCCUAUAAUUGUUAAUUAUAUCAUUAGUCAGACUUUAGAAACUGUUCGUUUAAAUCCACCAAUUGGAUGCAGUCGUGAUGCUUAUAAAUUGCUUUUAAGACCCGAACUUUAUAGACAUUCAGUAUUUAAGAGAGAUAAGAAAUAUCCAGCACCAAAAGCACAACAAGAAACAUCAUUGACACUACGCAUUCAAACACAACCGGAUGUUAUAGCUAAAACAGAAAAGGCACUAGUUGAGGAUGAUGGAAUGGAGCAUAUUGAUACUAAAUUAUUACGGUUAAGAUUUCCUGACGAUCUUCGCAUAAAUGAUGUCAAAAAAUUCCUAAACAGCUCAAAACCAGUAACAAUUGACAUAACACAAGCACCAAAUAUGUCAGAUCAUGAUUUUAUAGAGGAACAAGAAAAGCAAUUGUUUUCUUUAUGUACAAGAACAAUGGCAUUGAGUGUCGGUCGUGGAAUGUUUACAUUUAAAACUUAUUAUCCUGUUUUGACUGAAAUUUUACCAAUUCCAAAAUUAUGUUUGACUGGAAAAGAAACUGCUCGAGGUGCAACCGUUGAAUUUCAACAGAUAGAAGUGCCUGCAAAUAUGAGUUUAUGGCCUCAAUUUCAUAAUGGAGUUGCUUCAGCAUUAAGAAUUGCCACUAAUCCUACAGAUGUUGAUCCUGCUUACAUUUUAUACAAUAAACCGAAAGAAGUUGAAAUGCCACCUUCUUAUGCUGGAUUUCUUAUGGCUUUAGGCUUAACUUCAAGUCUUAAAUCUCUUUCGUAUACUUAUCUUUAUGACUUUUUAACAAGAUCUGAAGAGUUGCUUAGUGUUGGCUUAAUUCUUGGUAUGGCAGCAAGUUAUCGUGGAACAAUGGAUACUAAAAUAACAAGGAUGUUAUCGAUACAUAUUGAAUCUUUAUUACCACCAACUGCUAUAGAAUUGGAUGAACCUCAUAAUGUGCAAGUAGCUGCUUUACUCGGAAUUGGAUUAGUUUAUCAAAAUUCAAAUAAAAGAUAUGUAGCAGAAGCACUACUUCAAGAGAUUAAUCGACCGCCAGGACCUGAAAUGGAGAAUUAUGUUGAAAGAGAAUCAUAUGCUUUAUCUGCUGGCUUAGCUCUUGGAAUGGUGUGUCUUGAAGCUGGAAAUAAGGAUGUCGGAUUAGAUGAUCUCAAUCUUGCUGACACUCUUCAUUAUUACAUGAUUGGAGGAACUAAACGUCCUCUAUCAGGAACUCAACGUGACAAAUAUAAAUUACCAAGUUUCCAGAUUCGCGAAGGAGAUCAAGUUAAUAUCGACGUGACUGCUCCUGGCUCGACAAUAGCUCUGGGAUUGAUGUAUUUUGCGAGUGGAAAUGAAGCAGUUGCAGACUGGAUGAAACCCCCGGAAACAAUGUUUUUAUUAGAUUUUGUAAGACCAGAUUUGUUAUUGUUAAGAGUUAUCGCUAGAGGAUUAAUUAUGUGGAAUACAAUUGAGCCAACAGCUGAAUGGAUUAAUUCACAAAUAUCAAAGACUCUCUCGAAAAUUAUUAAACAACGUCCAGAUCCUGAAAAUGACCCAUUGGAUCUAGAUCAUGAAGCAAUUUGUCAAUCAUAUUGUAAUAUAGUAACUGGAGCAGCAAUGGUAAUUGGACUUCGAUAUGCAGGAACAGAAAAUUUAUUAGCAUUCAAGACAUUAAAGAAAAUCAUUACAUUCUUCUUUUCUGCAAAUGGGCAAUACAUUGGAGAAUAUGCAGGAAAAUCAACAGUUGAGUCGUGCAUUAUUUUAGUUCUGAUUGCAUUAUCAUUAGUGUUUGCUGGAACUGGAAAUUUACAAAUAUUGAGAAUGAUAAGAAUGACAAGAUCAAGAAUUGGUCCACAACAUAGUUCAGUAACUUACGGAUCACAUAUGGCAAUUCAUAUGGCUUUAGGAUUUUUAUUCCUUGGUGCUGGACGAUAUACAAUCUCACGACGUCCUCAAGCUAUUGCUGCUUUAAUUUGUGCCUUGUUUCCCAAGUUUCCUGCUCACAGUAAUGACAAUCGAUAUCAUUUGCAAGCAUUGCGACAUCUUUAUGUAUUGGCUGUUGAGCCUCGAUUAUUUUUACCACGUGAUCUUGAUAAUGGCAAAUUAGUUGUUUGUAAAUUAAGCUAUAUUGAGUUUGAUCAAAAGUCAAUGAUAGAAACAAUGGCACCAUGCAUUUUACCAGAAUUAGAUACAUUAAAAGCUGUCUAUAUUAAUGAUGUUAAUUAUUGGCCAAUUGUAUUCGAACGAGACAGAAAUUGGGAUACAUUAAUUGAAAUUUUAAAGUCAAAUGAAUGUAUUGAUAUCGUACAAAAAGCUGGAUGCUUAUCACAUCUUGAUGAUCCUAAUCGUUUAAAGAGCCUAUUAGCUCAAACAUUGACAACUGAAAAGUUCUCAUCGUGGAAAAUUGAACCUGCAAAUUUGAUGUCUUUCUAUAAUAAUCAAUUAAUGGCAAACUUGACAAAAAUGAUAAUGCACGUGGAUAAUGAAUUAGGAUUAAAAAUCAAAGGAAAGGAAAAUCUUCGUGACAAUAUAUUGCUUCAAAUAUAUGAUUGCCUGACUCGAGACAAGACUCAUGCUUUGGGGAUAUACAUUUCAAUUGAUAAUAUUAUUGAGUCAAUAAUCAAUAACAGUGGAACUAAAUCAUCAGAUUUAUGGCAACUCAAGAUCUUAUCUACAAUGAUGCAGAACAAGUCGCUACAAAUUGUAACUGCCAAUGAACAAUCAUCGACAACACUGUUGUCAAAUGAGAUUCUUAGAUCUUUGAUUGUCAAGGCAAAAAUUAUAAUGAACGAGAAGCUUCAUCAACAAAAGCAUUUAAUUAAACAGCUGCUGCAUGCAAAAGACUUAAAUUUCCUUCAAAGCUUUUGUUUGCCUUCCAUCUCCGAACUUAUGCAACUUGCAACUUAUUACGAUUUGUCAUUUAAUCUUCUUGAUGAUUCGCUCAAAAUUGAACAAAUGAGUUUAUUACAAUUCAUUGUUGAGCUUAAGAAACGAGAUACUCAGCAUAAGGAUACUGAAUUUAUUGCAAAUUUGUGGAAAAUUCUGUCAUAAAAUACGU